GCCACGUGAUUAUGGUGCAUCAUCGUCAUUGUCGUCACGGCCUUCAGGCGAGCCAUCACUGCGCGCUUAGGAGGCGAGCAACGACACCCUCGUUGCUCCAGGUGUUCCUGCUGAUACUGUGCCUUUGGCUACCGGUGCUGGACAACGGUGCUGGCUUGGUGUUGGCUUGCGGGCCCGGCAGGGGCGGCGGACGCCGUCCUGGUCUCAGGAAGCUCACGCCUUUGGUGUUCAAGCAGCAUGUGCCGAACGUUAGCGAGAACACGCUGCCGGCCAGCGGGAUCAGCGAGGGCCGCGUGUCCAGGAACGACUCCAGGUUCCAGGACCUCGUGCCCAACUACAACGCGGACAUCAUCUUCAAGGACGAGGAGGGCACCGGAGCCGACCGGCUGAUGACACAGGUGAACGAACGCUCUGACGUUGAUUAA